UCAAUUGCCUUCAGAGUUUUGGGUAAAAAAAUUUAAGAUCCUUGCUGUCUCUGUGAUGCUCAUUCAUUUUUUUUUGCCACUGGAGUGUAAAUUCCCAUUCCCUUUUCCAUGUACCAUUUUCAGCUAAUUCGUACGUGCUUAUUAAUGUAUGUUAUUGGGAGAAUAUAUAUAUAAUCACACAGUAACAUUUGAUUUUCAGCUUUCUCUUAUCUAUGAUUUUUGGUUGACCAUAUAGUUAGAGAGAGAGAGAGAGAGUUUGCUCAACAGAAUAUAUAUAGAUAGCUAGCUAGGCUGUAUAUAGCUUCUUCUCUUGCUUUAAUGGAGGGAUUGAAUAAGUACUUUUAAUUACUAGGGUUUCUAGAGCGGGGUGUGUGUUUACACUAAUUAACCACUCUCUUCUCUUGUGCCUCUAUAAUUUUAUUUAAAGGGCUUCCUCCAUUUCAAGAUCUUACUGUUUCUCCGUACAUAAAUAGAAAUGGUGAGGGGGAAGGUUCAAAUGAAACGAAUCGAGAAUGCAUCAAGCCGGCAGGUGACCUUCUCGAAGCGUCGAAACGGGCUGUUGAAGAAGGCGUAUGAGCUCUCCGUUCUUUGCGACGCCGACGUCGCUUUAAUCAUCUUCUCUUCUAAAGGAAGGCUCUAUGAAUUCUCCAGCUCCAACAUGCAGAAAUCAAUUGAGAGAUAUAUGGAAGUUACAAAAGAUCGUAUUUCAGGCGUGGAAAUGGAACAGAACAUGCAGCGCAUAAAGAAUGAAGCAGCAUUCAUGGCGAAGAAGAUAGAGCUACUCGAGAAUUCCCAACGGAUGCUUUUAGGGCAUAAUCUGGGGUGGUGCUCCAUGGAUGAACUUGAAGAAAUCGAGAACCGGCUCGAAAGAAGUCUUAAGAGCAUAAGGGCCCAAAAGGUUCAAUUAUUCAAUGAGGAAACAGAAAAAUUGAUAAAAAAGGAGAAGUUUCUAUUAGAUGAGAACCAAAACCUCCUGCAAAAGAUUGGAUUGAAGCUACAGCAUGCAGCAGAAAUGCAGAAAGGAAUUGGGAGUUACGGUAGAAGCGUAGUGAGAUCGGAGGCGGUGACGACGGAAUUGUUUAUUGGCCUCCCAACGCCCUGCAGGAAUUAAUUAAUUACCGAUGCCGAUCAGGUUUACAUUACCCAUACAAUUAAUAACAAUUAUUUCUAGAUAGUUACGUCUUAACAAAUAAGUCCAAUUAAUAAUUAGUCAAAUAUUAGCUCCCUAAUAAAUUAUCUAGCUUGAGUUUGCCUCAACUAAGGUCAACUUACUAAACUCGAGCUAGAGCUAUUAUUUUGUCGGGUUAUUCAAUUCAGAUCAAUCGAAUUAGACUUUUACCUAUUUCAUAA